AGCCAGCCCAACUGCGUCGACAUCCCGCGCAACAUGAGCCUCUGCCACGGCAUCGGCUACACGCAGAUGCGCCUCCCCAAUCUGCUGGACCACGACACCAUGGCCGAGGUGUCCCAGCAGGCCGCCUCGUGGCUGGCGCUGCUCAACGUGCAGUGCCACCCGGACACGCAGCUCUUCCUCUGCUCGCUCUUCAGCCCCGUGUGCCUCGACACGCCUAUCUACCCGUGUCGCAGCCUCUGCGAGAAGGUGAAGAUGCACUGCGAAGGCCGCAUGAACAAGUACGGCUUUCCGUGGCCUGACAUGUUCAAGUGCGACAAGUUCCCUCUGGAGAACGACAUGUGCAUCACGGCGCAGUCCAGCUCCGACGCUGCCGGCGAAGGUGGCUGUCGAGUCUGUAACCAAGUUGAUACUUAUGAAAAUAUUUUGGAUAACUUCUGUAGAGCUGAUUUUGCUGUAAAAACAAAAAUUCGCCAAGCUCGAAAAACAAAGUUGACAUGCAAAAAGGCUAAAGUACUUAAAGGAGGAAGUGAAAUUACUCAACAGCUCCGACGCCCAGUUUUACUUCUAGAACCAUCUGAUGCAUGCUGUGAAGAAAUGACCCGAAACAGCAGAGAAGUGUAUUUGAUUAUGGGCCGCAAUCAAGAUUCAAAACUGGUUCCUAGUUUCAUUAUGCCAUGGGGGAAACGUUCUAAGCCUUUCAAAAGAGCUGUCCGAAUGUUCAAGAAGUUGAAUUGUUCAGAUCCAAAGCUUGUCUCAACAUCUGUUAUUGGGGGAGAUGCAUUCCCUACUAACAGAGCAGCUGUUGGGAACAAUGGUCACAAAGCCAACAAUGCUGGAAACAAUGGGAGAAGAAAACGUGGAAGGAAUAAGGAUAGGCGUAAGAAGAAUCCUCCCUCUACAAACUCUUCUUCAGCUUCAACUUCAGCUUCAGCUUCUGCUUCAGCUUCAGCUUCAUCUACACGAGCUAAAUCUUCUCCAUGAUUUUUCUGUAACAUAUUUUUUGAAAUGUGAAUCCACAUCCGGCUCCUCUGCUUGGGAUGACUGCUGAAACAGAUGAGGGACAAUAAUCCCUACCUGUAAAGGAGAAAAUUUCUUAUUAUUCAUGUACUUCUUGCUAUAUUUGCUUCUGGAAGAUUUUAAUAAAAGUAUGACUACAUCUUUUGUUAAGAGCUUUCUAAAUUCUCAGUGAAGAAAGGUCUGAAAUAGGAAAGCUUUUCAGUUAGCAAUACACUGUAUGUAAGCAAUUCUUCCAGAAUACUUUUCAAAGUCUUUGAUAAGAAAUCAAUAAAAUUACUACACAUUCUUGGACAAAUUUUUGUCACUCAAGAGAGAAUAAAGGAAAUAACAUUUUACUGUGAAACAUCUGGGCAAAUUUAAUUCAUACAUUACUAUAAUUUUGCUUUCAUGGAGCAUAUUCAGUGAUAUUUUGUGUGUUGUUUGUGUUUAUAAAACAGUAUUCUUUCUUCUAUCCUUAGAUGUAGGUACACAAAUGAGUGAAUAUGUAAAAUCCACUUAUAUUUUGAUAUUUCUUUCUUUCAAGUUCAGUUAAGAAGAAUUUAUUCCUAAACUAAUAAACAACAGUGUUAGCAUGUGUAUAAGUUCUCUUCCUUUGAACAGAAAACUUUGUCUCCAGAGGUAAAAAUGCAUAAAUUGUAAGUAUAUCAUUAUAGCAAGUAAGUUUGUAUUUCUGUCCAGACUAGUCUGGCUCAAAUUAGUUGGAUAGAUGUGAAGAACAUUGUUUUUGGAGGGUGAGAAAGUAAGUGUUUUCUGAGCUUUAGAUAAAGAUAAGUGAUAUAAAAGGUGACAUGACUGUAUUCAUAUAUAUUUCAUAAUUUUUCUUGUCACCAAGAUGUUGAUUAGCUUUAAUUCAUCGUAUUUUCCUACUGUGUAGGCCAUUGAGGUCAGCAAGGAGGAAAGCAUGAGAGAUAUUGUGUUAGUGCAGACUGAAUCAGAUUCACUUUAUUAUAAAAUGCAUGUUACUCAUUGACUGCUUAAAAAAUACUGUACGUAAUAUAGUUCUAUAAUUCAAUAAGUUGUGUCAUGCUCCACAUUUCUUGAAUUCUAAUAUAUUGUGCCAGAAUGAAUAUCUGUUAAUAAAUGUUUUUAACUAUUCAUCUAGGAAGGUGUGAAGGUUGUGGAGGUCAGAGUAAUGAUGAAAAAAUGUAUAUCAUUACCCAUAUAUAGUCAAUUUAGAUAUCCAGGGGUUGUGUAGCUUUUUAAAUUCUUUCUUUCAUGAAAAUGAUUAAAAAUGGCUAUUUCAUUUUGGUACUUUUAAAUAAUAAUCCAAUAUAGACUAUUGAAGAAAUUCAUGGAUUAUUAUAAUUAAUAACUUAUUUGUUAAUGUAACUUAGAAUAAGGUGCAACAAUGCCAUUUUCAUUAAAGAAUGUAGGGCUCAAGAAUAUUUAAAAUUAUUUAAUGCACAACUUUAAAAUACUUUCAAUGUUUUAUCAUAGAAUUCUUGGAACAGUUUAUUAUUUAAAAGUGAAGAAUUAAAGAAGUCAUUUAACAAAUAUGAUUUGUAAAGAAUGUUCUUGUUAAAACAAAAUUUAUAGAAGAUAAAUGAAAACUAUUGAUUAUUAAAAGAAAUUCAAUGAUUUAGCCAAGGUGAGCCAUUGGCAGACACAUGUCCAAUAUUACAUGUGGAAGGGCCUCGACUACCAAUUUUAUUGUUAAAAUUUUCUCAAAAUCAUUCGAAAGGAAUACUGAAAUACAAAAAUUUAUAUCAUGUUCUUGGUUAAAAGAUCAAAUUGCAAACUACAAAGCUUUUAUAAAUAAAUUUGCAAAAUGGUUCAAUGGCAUUAAAAUGAUGACAGUGAUGUAUCCUAUUUAUUAAGGCUGUGGUUAUGGCCAUGUAUUUAUGAGUUCUGUAGUUGAUUGUAAAAUGUUCUUGUUAUAUUUAGUUUAUUAUCUACAAAACUGUGCUUCAAGAAUAAAGUUAAAAUUUUUUUGUAAUGAUGCAGUCUGCAAAGAUCAGUCAUUAACUAUUUUUUAUUUUGUUGCAAUUUUUGCUCUGAAAUAUUCAAUUAUGGCUUACUACUGAUUGACCUAUAUGGAAAUAAUGGGAUCACUAAAUCUAUCACAUUUGUACAAAAUAAAUCUAAAAUUUUAUGACAAUUGUUGUCUUUUUUAUCUUUUUUUUUUUUUGUUGUAAAUUUGAAAAAGCAGAAAGAGCCUUAGUUACUUUAAAAUUGCCCAUUGUGUAUGCAUUGUAUCUGUAGAAUAAUAAUUGAUGUGUAAAGAAACAAUAUCAUAAGAGAAAAUUAUAUUAAUUGUAAUCUAAAAUAAUAGUGAAUCUUGAGUCAAAUUUUUCAACAAUGGUUAGAAUAGAUAGAUUAGUGUAAAUUGUGCAUAAUGUAUGGAGAUCAUCAUGAAUAUUCUUUUGUUCCAAAGAAUCAGAUAAUUAUAAUAUCAGUGUGAAGUGUGUAAAUUAGUGGGAAGGAUUAGGCAAAUUAAGUUGUAACUAUUCAUGGCUGGCUUUCAGAUCUUUAUUUGCCCGCGAGUUCAACCAGUCUUUCACAAUAAUUUCCCUUAUGUAUUUUUGAUGUAUUUAAAGUGAAAUUCACUUUGUAAUCCUCAUACUACAUACAAGCAACUUGGUCAGAUGAGAAUUCUUUUAAUAUUAUUCUCUUUAUUGUUAUUUUUUUAAAAGUAUUUUUGCAAACAAAGUUGACUAUCACCUUCUGGAAGUAACAAGAAAAUAUUUGUGAAAACAAAUUAGGAAUAAAUAAAAAUUAGAAAACAUGUUAAUAAUAUGGUUUUUAAGAGAAAUCAGUUAGUAUGAUGUGUAGUCUUUCAAUUAAAGUAUGAAACUUCUGACUCAGAGUGCUCAGCUGAUAAGAAUUUUUUGACCUUAUACGAACUACUGGACAAAGAACCACCAAUGAGUUUUUCAUACAAAUGUACUUAUAAUGUAAUUCAAAGGAAUGCUUUAAAUAGAGCACAUAUCAUCUCAGAAUAUGUGUUUAUUGAUUAUAAAGAAAUAAUCACAAUAGUUUUUUAAUGCUUUUUAGGAGUACCCAAAAUAUGCAAAGCUAACACCAUUUUGUAUUCUUUAUAGGACUUCAUUUUUGAAGUUUUGAGUGUUUUUAUGUAGCCAUUCACAUAAUUUUGCAUUGUGAUAAUUUUGCAAUAAUGCAGGUUUUAGUUGAAAAAACUACUUUGGAUGAGCUAUGAAAUUCAUUUAACAUUAUGCGCAGAAAUAAAGAUUGUUGGUGCUCAUUAUUUGUGAUUGACUUUGUAUGUUUUAAUGUCUUGUAGAUGAACUUCUAAACUAUGAGUAAAUACAUACAUUAAAAUAACCUUUGAUAUUUACAUUUCCAUAGCUCCUCUUUUCACACAAUUGAAUUGGUACGUUACAGAUUUAUGUGAAUAUCAGAAAGUAUUCUCAUGUAAAAGAAUAUGUCUGUGUGACUGAUAGCACUCUAGAGUCUCCUAAAUAUGCAUUUCAAAAUUUUUAUGAUCAGUAAAGAACACUAGUUUCACAUUAUAUAAAUUUCCUCAGAAAUGAUCUGUAUUUCAUUGCUAGAUAACGCAAGGAUGCAAACUUUUCAGUUUGUUACGUAUAUGUUGCCUUACUUUGUUGAAAAAUGGCUAAUUUAUGCCAUUUAAAAUUUGUUUUAUUGUUUUCAUUUUAAAAUGCAAAAUCUAUUUGUAAUUAUGUGUUUUCUCUUCACUAUGAAUAAUCAAGUGUUGUGAUUGUGUUCAGUGUGUUGAUGUGGUAAUAGUAAAAUGUUGUUAUUGGCUAUGAAGUUAAAUGUCUAUUCUCCAGAAACAAUUCCCUCCUACUCAUUUAGGUCAUAGAUAAGCGAUAUAUAUGGGGUUAUAUAAUGCAUUACUUUCUUAAAUGCAAAGGACACUGUUUAACUUAAUUGAAGGAUAGUGAGAGAAUGUUCCUGGUCACACUUGUGCUAAUGCAUUACGAAACAUGGUUUAAACGUGUGUGAUACAAUUGCAUAAUGUGCAAGUCACUUAAACAAUACUACUACUCUCUGUCGAAGUAAAAUAUUUAUAGGAAGAAAAUUAAUAUUACUUGUUACUUGUAAAUUAAUAUUACUUGUAAUAUGGUAAGACUCUUUUCUUGAAAGAAAACAUCAGUGUAAAUUAUAAAUAAAUUACAAUAUAUUUAAAACAUUUACUAUACAAUGCUGAGUAUAAAACACAAUUUUAAACACACAGAGAUCUAUGUACAUCUAGGAAAAUAAUUCAAGUACUUCUCAUUUGUAAAUGAGGAAAAAAUGUUCACACGUUAUCCAUAAAUGCCCAUUCCCAGAUCAGGAAUGAUGUCAUUCCUCUUCUUCCUCCACCAUGCCCACCAUUGCCACUUUGCUGAUGCCAUGAAGAAUGUUCUACAUUAAUUUUUGAAGGAGCAUUAUUGCACUAAGCUCAUUUGCACAAGAUCAUGAAUAAAUCCGUAUAUAUGAACUAAGGCAAGGCAAAAAAUGGGCCCCUAAAUAACCUUUCACCCACACAACACCAAUAUAGAGC